AUGGGCCGAGCGGCCGAGCCAUGCGCAGUGCCUGCGCUGAUAACGACAUUGCCCGCGAUUCGCGCGAGAACGCCGCAACGGAGGAGCGACACUUGCGCCCUGUCAUUUGACGUGCGUGCGGUCGGUGCCGGCGUCGAGUCGCGCGCCCUGAGUUCAGGGCACGGGCGGAAGCGGAACGGAGUGGUUGGACCGCGCGUCUUCGGCGUGGCGUCGCUGGUCUUGCGCGGAGCAGGGAGCAGCCAGCUGGGCGCGAAGAUCAUCGAAGCCCGCGCUCGAGAGGUCGACCUUGCGACGGUUCACUGGCGCGCCCACCUCACCUGCCAGGUCGCGGAGCCCGGGCAGGGCGCCCCGCUUUUGGCUGACAUUCGGUAUCGGGAUACGGAGAUCGGGAUUGACAAAAUGGUCACGGGCGGCAUCGCCGUGGAUUCGACGAUGACGGCGACGGAGGGGCCGGCCGGCACGCCGGGUCGGCCACCGCGGCGCGCCGCCGCCGCCGCACCGGCCGCCCGCAACGGGCGCGAGGGGCCCAAGCAUUGGGCAGGCUGGCCGCCGCGGGCCCGGAUGGGCCCGCUCGCGAGGCUGCUCGCGGGCGCCCUGCGGCUGUUGCAGGCCGUGCGACGAGGGCCGACGGACCUGGCGGUGCGGAACCCAGUGUUGUUGCUCCUGCUCCUGCGCGCCGCGGAGGAAGUGUACCGGCGCAUCCUGGCGAGGCGGCAGUACAUGACGGUGGCGGAUACAGCGGAAGACGGACGAGAUUGA